AUGAACACGUUAAGUGGACCAAAAUUAGUUAGUAUUAUUCUAACAAAAGAACAUGGUUAUGCAGCUGGUGUUGCUCUUAGUUCGUGGGUUGCUCUGCAAUAUAUGGGUGUCAGAGUUAUGAAAGCCAGAAAGAGAUGGAAUGUCAAUUAUCCAAAAUUAUACGCUGAUGAACAGAGUGAUGAGCAUGGCAGAGAAUUUAAUUGCGUUCAACGUGGACAUCAAAAUACGUUGGAAAAUUAUCCCCAAUUUUUAAUGUUGCUCGGCUUAGGUUCUAUUAAAUAUCCAUUGGUCUCUUCAAUUGGUGGUGGUAUAUGGAUAGUAGGACGUCUUCUUUAUUUUCAUGGCUAUGCAACUGGUAAUCCUAAAAAUCGUCAAUGGGGUUCAUUUCAAUACAUUGGCAUUUUCACGAUGUUGGGAUGUGCAGUAAAAAUGAUUUAUGAUUUAGUAAUUUAA